AUGUCAAAGCCAGCGCUACCGGGUCAAGCCACCACGGCGAGCGGGAUUGUAGAGAGUGGGCAAGAGCGGGUGAUUCCUGGUAGCGUAAGGGCAGAUGGCAGGUGAGUCGAUAGAUCGAUGCGUGUGCCUUCUCUGGGAUACCUGAGAGCUUCUCAAGGAGGCGCAUCCAAGAGGAUGACGGCAGCUGAUUCUCGCCGCUGCGUGUCUCAUGAUCCGUAGCCAGCGGAAAGAACGCAAAGUGAGACCAGGCUUUACCCCUGCAGAAGACGUGGGCCGAUUUAGGUCUAGCAGGCAGCAAGCAGCAGAGGCGCUCUCACGCCGGCCACCACCUGGCUCCGUUCCUGGCAGUCUGAAUGCUGCCACCGGAGCAGCUGGGCAAAGUUUCGGGCUGUCAGCGGCAAGGAGCGCCAGGAGCGGGGCAGGUUCCAGCUCUACUGCUCCUGGCGCUGCAACGCGAGCGCAAGCGGCCAGCAAAGCGGACGAAUCCACAUCGUGGAGAAGCACGCGAAAGACGAGCGCGUCUCAGACACCUGAUGCUUGGGACGACGACGAUGAUCGGCCAGCAGCGAAGACGAUGUCUGGUGCACCAAAUAAGGACACGCGGUUCAGUGCUGCAACUAGUGCCUCGGCGCUUUCAGAAGACUCUCGAAGGGCGCGAGCAGUGGCCAAGAAGCUUCGAGCGGCCGAAGCCCUUCAGAACAAACAGCAAGCGGGGCGAGAGAAGCUGUCGACAGAACAACGCGCGAAAGUGGAUGGAAUCGAAAGGCUGAGGCAGGAGUUGAAGGCUCUGGAAGUCAAGGAUGAAGCGCGAAAAGGUGACGAACCGGAAAAGGAGUGA